GUUAAUAGAAGUAGCAAUAGUAUUAUAUUUUGUUUCAGAUCAAUGAAUUGCAAAUUCAAAAUGCGGAACACGUAGAAAAGUCGUUUAUGUCGCAUUGGCAAAAAUUGCCCUUGGGGAAGUUUUACAUGCAUUUGCACAGACGAUAUUCUGUACACCAAUUCAUGCCUGCUUUAUCUACCUAAACUGAAUAAUGAGUGUUAUUGAUAUAGUACGUUUACAAUCUGCUAUGAUGACUUUUAUUCUUCCAUUUAUCAAGUGUACACCGAAGUGAAACCUUUAGCUUGCAUAUGACCCUGGUAUACAGUAUGUAUAAAGUUGCUCUACUGUCACUUUCACUCUCGAUGCUGCAUGUAUGGACUCUGCUCAGCGUGUAUGUGAGCAAAGAUGGCAAAGACAAAAAUCAACAGAUGCCAAACUGUUGCAAAAAAUAACUUGUCCUUUGAACGUAUUGCUGUUUUUUUUUUCCAACAUGGGAAUUGAAAAAUCUAUAUUAAAUUAUCAGUCUGAUGCAUUUUCUUUUUGUUAAAGAGCAGCACUAAACAAGUCACUUCCAGAAAAUAAUUUUCUAAUUAUCAAUUUUUCCUGUCGUAGUUAGAGAUCAAACAGAGAAACAACUGAAGUUGUUUAAAAUUGUGCCACAGACAAUUUCUGACCUCAGUUUGGAAAAACAGCAGUGCAUUAUAAAUCGCAAGAGACUUUCGAGACCACAGCCUUCCAAGCAGCUGGUAGACACACAGCAGCAACAUUUUCAUCUCCAGAUUCUCAAUCUUAGUUGCAAAAUUCCAAAUAUUUCUAUUUGAUAUGCAGAUAUUUACAUAUUACACCCCUGCACACUUUUGCAUUUGAUGUCUGUCACACCUAAAUACAGCUUUAUUGUUGUUGACGUUCAAACUUUACUCAUGUUUUCUCGAGUGUACAGUCAUUAGUCAUGGUUUCAUACACUGUUAGGGCUUUGCGGCUUUUAGAGUGCAUAUGUGCUCUGUGAAUAUCAAAAGUGUCACUUAGCAGAGUACAUUUUCACAAAGCGACAUGUUUUAGCCUGAUAACACACAUUGCUGUGAUUGAGGUAAAUCUUAUUGCAGAAGUAUAGGAAAAUAUGUAAAUUUUAGUUUCUGUGGUGGGUUAAAAAAUUAUGAGUAUUAGCUUGCAUGCUGGAUAAAAAAGAAACGUGUUAUUAAAUAUGUUAUAAUGAUUAACUAAAUCUCAUGUGCAAGCUGUCCCCUUGACUCUCGCCACUGACAACACUAAAUUAGGAGGCAGGGGGGAAAAACUAUUUAAACCACAGCAAACACAUUCUUUUUUCUUCUGCCACUGAUUUCCAUUCCAGAGAAAUGCAACAAAGAAACAGAACUGAUGUUAGCACAAUGUAGGAAUCGUCUGAUCACGUCCUGUGUUGUGGUUUUCUCUUUUCAGAACCUCGCAGAUAUUUCCAGAACGUUCAGAGAUGAUCCGAAUCAACAACACCCAAUACUUCCACUUUCUGCAGCAGGCAGAUGUCCUCCGUCAAUCAGGGUCGCUUUGCGACGCCAUCAUCUCGGUGCAGAGCCAAACGUUUCGGGCGCACCGGUUAGUUCUAGCCUGCGCUAGUAGAGCGUUAGCGCAGCACCUAGCCAAAGGCGACGCAGACAGCCCAGCCCAUUGCACACUGGAGUAUUUCUCUCCCCACACCUUCCAGCAAGUCCUAGACUUCACCUACACUCAAGCUCUUGAAGUGCCGGUGAAAGACCUGCAGCAGCUGCUAAGAGCCGCCCAGGUCUUAGAAAUGCAGCUGCUGGAGGACCAGUGCCGCAAGCAGCUGGACCGCCUCGAAGCCAGAGAGAAGGAUAAAAACAGAGAAGCAGUAGACCUCACAGAGGAAGAUAGAAGUGUAGAAGAGAAAGAUCAAAAGCAAAAAGGUAGACCAGUUUCUGAGAGCAAAGUCCAAAAAACAUCCUCCCCGGUAGAAAAGCCAAGCUUUGGCAUCGUCAUGGAAAAUGCUUCAAUCGCUGAUUCUGCGGAUGUCCCCACCAACCAAAAAUCCCCAAAAAGGAAGGCAAAAUUGUCCCCGAUGUCAGCGACCCUGUGCAACAGAGAUAGUGUCAUUACCAGGCCCAACAGCAGCGGUUCCUCCUUCUCUUCUGCGUGGGCAUUCCCUACGAACAUGUGGGACAAUGGGAAUCACCUGAACACCCUAAUGCGAAUUGCAGGGAACUAUUCUAACUUUUUUGCAUCUCACCCCCUUCCGUCCUCCAACCAGACCUCUGUGGUAUGCCCAUUCCCCCUCUCUUCUCAACACAUGUUCCCUUUACUCAGUUCCCAUUUUCAAACUCCCCUUCAGAGCACGGCACUAGGCUACUCACGUUUGCACCCCCAUCCCUACGCUCAAAAUCUGUACACGGAGACUUCGAGGAUGGGCAGCAUGAUCAAGAAUGGCAUUUUGAAGAGAAAAAAAUUGAGCCACACCAGUCAAACUGUGGAAACAAGCUAUCCCAAAAUGCCGAAAGUCAAAGAAAGAGCUGACGGGUGCCAACACUGCAGUUCAAGACUCCUCUGUGAUCCAUUGCUGCGAGAGUCAGCCUCCACACAAUUAGGUCAAAACUGUGAUGGAUGUCAGUUCUGCGGAAGAGAUGCCGUGCAACACGAAGCGAAUGCUAGAGACCACAGAGGAGAAAAACCCUACCAGUGCAAACACUGUCCAAAGAAGUUUAGCCUAAAACAUCAGCUCGACACACAUCACCGCGUUCAUACGGGAGAGAAGCCGUUCGAGUGUCGUCUGUGUGGUCAGCGCUCACGGGACUACUCUGCCAUGAUCAAACACCUGCGGACCCAUGGCGGCGCAGCGCCCUACCAGUGCACCGUGUGCCUGGAGUUCUGCAGCAGCCUGGUCGCCAUGCAGAGGCACGUCAAGAGCCACGCUGUGCAGGACUUCCCCCCUGACUGGAGCAUCAACAACACCUACUUGUACAUCUCCCACAUAUGAGGCCAUCCUCAUAAAGCUGUAGCUUUAGUUGGUGAAUCUCCUGUGAGGCUGUUUAAUUCAGGUUGUAUUUACAGUACGGGAGAUGUGCUUAACCCAUACAAAAGUGAACGUUGAAUAAAAACAUUUCUCCAAUUUGUGGUUCAAGGUCAAACCCGACAUUCAUGGGUGUAAUAUCUAUGCAAAAUGAAACCGUUCUCUAUUUGCAUUUGCAACAAUAGGAAAUACAGAUGCAGUACUAUUUCCAGUGACAUUAAGGGUUUUGAAAGUGUUUACCAGGCAUUAAAGCCACAUCAGCAUCUAAUCCUCGAUGCAUGACGCAGGAAUCCUCCCUCUGACUUUCAAAAUUAUUAUUGGACUGCUUGUGCCAUCUUCGCAGCCUUCACCCGGGUUCACAGCGCCCUCAAGAGGACAUGCAGCGAAAACAAAAAUCUGCAUUUUCUUGUGCUGGAGCUUUAAAUGCCUCGCUAGAAAGAACACAGGAAAUAUCAGAAUCAGCCCUACUAUCACUGCACAGUAAAAAUAAAACGUAAUAAUUAAUUUAGUUAAAACCAUAUCAUACUCACAUAUAUGUGAGUAUGAUGUGGUUAUAUGAAUAGGCAGGUCAGCAUGCAUAUAUGCAUUUUAUUCAUUCUUAAAUAUAAAAAUGUGUCAAACUAGAUUAUCAACAUCAUCAUCAACAUUAACUGAAAUAUGAUAAAGGUUGCAUGUGCUAUUUUUUAAUCUAUCAUUCUGCUGUAUUACUAUUUAAUAAAUGUUAGAUCCUCUAGCCAAGUUACUUUUUAAUCCUCAGCUAAGAUCUUUCGUUUUCUGUCAUUCAUUGCCAAAUGCAUGGACAUCAAUUCACCUACAACACGUCCUUUAGAUUAAAUAGCACUCGGUAGAUGAAAUGCUUUUUACAAAAGCUACACAUGCGGUAUGUUACAACUGAUGUUUUCUCAGUAGUUUAUGUUUGCGAUACGUGACAUUAUAAAAUGCUUCCUCCAGGGAGCUUUCUGUACAGCUUACAGGCCUGCUACCACUUACUGAUAAGAGUGAGUUUCAACAGCAUUAUCAUAAUAAGUAUGAAAAGGAAUAUAAAUAAAUGUUUAUUUCUUUUGCCAGCUAAGCAUUUACCAGAUAAAUGUGCUAUGUUACUACUGAUACUACUGUUACUA